AUGUCUUUCCUUGUUUCCCUCCUCCCACCUGCCACACCAUGUUUGUUAUUAUUAUUAUUAUUAUUUCUUUCUCUUUUUCCUUUUCUCACUUCUUUCUCUUUCUCCUUUUCUCUUUCUCCUUUUCUCACUUCUUUCUCUUUUUCUCACUUCUUUCUUUUUCUCCUUUUCUCACUUCUUUCUUUUUCUCCAUUUCUUACUUCUUUCUCUUUGUCUCACUUCUUUCUCUUUCUCCUUUUCUCACUUCUUUCUCUUUUUCUCACUUCUUUCUUUCUUUUCUCAAUUCUCAUUUCUUUCUCUUUUUCUCCUUUCUCCUUUUCUCUUUCUUUCUUUUUUCUCAUUUCUUUCUCUUAUUUUUUUGUCACUUCUUUCUCUUUCUCCUUUUUUUCUCCAUUUCUUUCUUUCUCUUUUUCUCCUUCUUUCUCUUUUUUCACUUCUUUUUUCUCCCUUUUCUCACUUCUUUCUUUUUUUUUUCUCAAUUCUUUCUUCUUUCUCUUUCUCCUCUCACUUCUUUCUCUUUUUCUCACUUUCUUUCUUUUUUUUUUUCUCACUUCUUUCUCUUUUCUUUUUUCUUUCUUUCUUUCUCUUUGUCUCACUUCUUUCUCUUUCUCCUUUUCUCACUUCUUUCUCUUUUUCUCACUUCUUUCUCUUUUUCUCACUUCUUUCUCUUUUCUCACUUCUUUCCUUUUCUCACUUUUUCUCUUUUUCUUUCUUUCUCUUUUUCUCACUUCUUUCUCUUUUUCUCACUUCUUUCUCUUUCUCCUUUUCUCACUUCUUUCUCUUUUUCUCACUUCUUUCUCUUUCUCCUUUUCUCACUUCUUUCUUUUCUCCUUUUCUCACUUCUUUCUCUUUCUCCAUUUCUCACUUUCUUUUGUCUUUCUUUCUCUUUUUCUCCUUUUCUCACUUCUUUCUCUUUCUCCUUUUCUCACUUCUUUCUCUUUCUUUUCUCCAUUUCUCACCUUUCUUUCAGAAUUCCUUUUCUUUCUUUUUUUUCUCCUUUUCUCACUUCUUUCUCUUUCUCCUUUUCUCACUUCUUUCUCUUUCUCCUUUCUCACUUCUUUCUCUUUCUCCUUUUCUCACUUCUUUCUCUUUGUCUCACUUCUUUCUCUUUCUCCUUUUCUCACUUCUUUCUCUUUCUCCUUUUCUCACUUCUUUCUUGUUCUCCAUUUCUCACUUCUUUCUCUUUGUCUCACUUCUUUCUCUUUGUCUCACUUCUUUCUCUUUCUCCUUUUCUCACUUCUUUCUCUUUUCUCCAUUUCUCCCUUCUUUCUCUUUGUCUCACUUCUUCUUUUCUCCUUUUUCUCCUUUUCUCCUUUUUCUCACUUUUUCUCCUUUUCUUUCUUCUUUCUCCUUUUCUCACUUCUUUCUUUUCCUUCUUUCUUUUCUCACUUCUUUCUCUCAUUUCUCACUUCUUUCUCUUUUUUCCUUUUUCUUUUUCUCAAUUUCUUUCUUCUUUCCUUUCUCCUUUCUUUCUCUUUCUUUCUUUUUCUCCUUUUCUUUCUUCUUUCUUUCUUUUCUCUCACUUCUUUUCUCUUUUCUCCUUUCUCUUUCUUUUUUUUUUCUCUUUCUCACUUCUUUCUCUUUCUCUUUUUCUCACUUCUUUCUCUUUCUCCUUUCUCACUUCUUUCUCUUUCUCUUUUCUCACUUCUUUCUCUUUCUUUCUCUUUUUCUUUUCUCACUUCUUUCUCUUUCUCCUUUUCUUCUUUCUUCUUUUCUCCUUUUCUCUUCUUUCUCCUUUUCUCACUUUCUUUUCUCCUUUUCUCACUUUCUUCUUUCUUUUUUUCUCCUUUUUCUUUUCUUCUUUUCUUUUUCUUCUUUUUUUUUUUUCUCCUCCUUUUCUCUUUUCUUUUUUUUGUUCUCUCACUUUUUCUUCUUUCUCCUCUCUUCUUUUCCACUUCUUUCUCUUUUUCUCUCUUCUUUUUCUUUUCUCUUUUUCUCUUUUCUUCUUUUUUCUCUUUUCUCUCUUUUUUCUCUUUUUCUCCUUCUUUCUUUUUCUCCUUUUCUUUCUUUCUUCUUUUUCUUUUUCUCCUUUUCUUUCUUCUUUCCAUUUUUUCUUCUUUCCAAAAAGAAAUUUUCUCCUUUUCUCACUUCUUUCUUUUUCUCCUCCUUUUUUCUCUUUUUCUCCUUUUUCUUCUUUCUCCUUUUCUUCUUUCUUUUUCUUUCUUCUUUCUCCUUUUUUUUCUUUUCUCUUUUUCUUCUUUCUCUUUUCUUUUUUCUUUCUCUUUUUCUCCUUUUUUUCUCUCUUUUUCUUUUUCUCCUUUUCUCCUUUUCUUUUUCUUCUUUCUCCUUUUUCUUCUUUCUCCUUUUUCUCUUUCUUUCUUUCUCUUUUCUCUUUUCUUUUCUUUCUCCUUUUCUUCUUUCUCUUUUUUUUUCUCUUCCUUUUUCCUUUUCUCCUUUUUCUUCUUUCUCCUUUUUCUCUUUCUUCUUUCUCUUUGUUCUCCUUUUUUCUCCUUUCUCCUUUUUUCUUCUUUCUCCUUUUUUCUCCUUUCUCCUUUUUUCUUCUUUCUCCUUUUUUCUUUUUCUCCUUUUUUCUUCUUUCUCCUUUUUUCUUUUCUCCUUUUUUCUCUCACUUCUUUUCUCUUUUCUUUCCUUUUCUUCUUUCUUUCUUUUUCUCCUUUUUUCUUUUUCUCUUUUCUCUUUUCUUUUUUUUCCUUUUUCUUCUUUCUCCUUUUUUCUUCUUUCUCCUUUUUUCUUCUUUCUCCUUUUUUCUUCUUUCUCCUUUUUUCUUCUUUCUCCUUUUUUCUUCUUUCUCCUUUUUUCUUCUUUCUCCUUUUUUCUUCUUUCUCCUUUUUUCUUCUUUCUCCUUUUUUCUUCUUUCUCCUUUUUUCUUCUUUCUCUUUUUUUCUUUUUCUUUUUUCUUCUUCUCUCCUUUUUUUCUCUUUCUCCUUUUUUCUUUGUUUCUCUUUUUCUUCUUUUCUCCUUCUUUCUUUUUUCUCCUUUUCUUUCUCUUUCUCCUUUUCUCACUUCUUUCUCUUUGUCUCCUUUUUCUUCUUUCUCCUUUUCUCUUCUUUCUCUUUUUCUCACUUUUUCUUCUUUCUCUUUUCUCACUUUUUUCUCUUUUUCUCCUUUUUUCUCACUUCUUUCUUUUUCUCCUUUCUUUUUUCUCUUUUUUCUCCUUUUCUCACUUCUUUCUUUUUCUUUCUUUCUCUUUCUUUUCUCAGUCAAUUCUUUUCUCUUUUCUCCAUUCUUUUCUAUUCUUUUUCUCCUUUUUUUUCCUUCUUUCUCUUUCUCCUUUUCUUAUGUGUCUGUUUUAUUCUUUCUUUAAAAGUUUCUUGUUUAGUCUUUUUUUCUCUCUUCUUUCUCUUUUUGUCUCACUUCUUUCUCUUUCUCCAUUUUCUUAAAUGA